AUGGCGUCUUCGCAGCCUCAGUCCUCCCCCUCAUCUUCAAUCUCUCGAGCGGAAUCGCUUGUUGAUACCGCAAAGGAAGAGAACAAGCCAGAGACACGCUCGCAGACAUCCGCUGCGAGAAGCACCUCUCCGUCCGCCACCGUAAUUCACUCAAUCGCAGAAUCUACUGCACAAGAUGACGAUGACAUCCAAUCAGAAUUUGAGCGCGAAGCAUAUGGCCCUGAAGAAGGAGAAAAGGAUUGGGACCCUUACGAGGUCCGCAUACCGGUUGACGACCCAGAAAAUCCGAAGAACUGGUCAAGGGCAUACCGAUGGUAUUUGACCGCCUUGUCUGGGCUGCUCGUGUUAAAUGCAACGUUCGCAAGUUCGGCCCCGACGGGCAUCGCGGGGCAACUCAUAGAAUACUUCUCGUUCAGCGAAGAGGUCGCGACGUUGACAAUAUCUCUCUUCGUCGCGGGUUAUUGCGUGGGUCCUCUCGUAUGGGGACCGCUAUCAGAGCAGCUUGGACGCCGGAACGUAUUUAUCCUCUCAUUCGUUGUCUAUGUAUGCUUUCAAGUUGGCUGCGCACUCUCUCGCAACACCGCAUCAAUUCUCGUAUUCCGCUUCCUCGGCGGCACUUUCGCGGCUGCUCCUCUGUCCAACAGCGGGGCAGUAUUAUCUGAUAUCUGGGACGCAGGGACACGAGGAGAGGCUCUCGCUUUUUUCGCGCUCGCGCCCUUUGCGGGACCCACGCUAGGCCCCGUCGUCUCUGGAUUCAUGAGCGUCGCAGGAGUAUCCUGGCGCUGGACCUUCUGGGUGCUGACGUUCUUUGCCGGAGCGUGCUUGAUCCUCAUCGUGUUCACGCUUCCGGAAACAUACUUGCCUAUUUUGAUGGUCCAGAGAGCCAAGAGGCUACGCAAGGAGACGGGAGACGACCGAUACUGGGCUCCGUUGGAACGGCAGUCAAAGUCUGUUGGGCAACACGCGAGGGACGUUCUUGCCCGACCUUUUCUUAUCCUCUUCCAAGAACCCAUGUUGCUUGCCAUCACAACAUACAUGAGUUUUGUGUACGGCUGCAUCUAUCUGCUUUUCGAAGCCUACCCCAUCGUCUUCACCGAAGGCCACAAUCUCAACGAAGGCAUAUCCGGACUGAUGUUCCUGCCGAUCUUCAUCGGCGGGAUCACCGGUGUCGUUCUCUAUCUACUCAUCUUCAACCCACGCUAUGUGCGCAUGCAGGCUCUGUACGAGCCGGAGCCCGUGCCGCCGGAGAAGCGGCUCGAGAUCGCAAUGUGGGCUGCGCCGAUGUUCGCGAUCGGCUUCUUCUGGUUUGGCUGGACGUCGUACCCGAGGAUCAGCCUCUGGGCGCCGCUCCUCGCGGGCUUUCCGCUCGGUUGGAGCAUCGUGUGGAUCUUCCUCGCACUGUUCAACUAUAUGAUCGACGCGUAUCUCUUCGUCGCAGCGUCUGCGCUCGCGGCCAACACGGUCGCGCGGUCGUGUUUCGGCGCAGGCUUCCCGCUGUUUGCGACGCAGAUGUAUGACCAGCUGAACCCGAGGUGGGCGUCGACCCUGCUGGGGUUUAUCGCCAUUCUGCUGGGCCCGAUCCCGUUUGUGCUUUACAAGUUUGGGCCGAUCAUCAGGAGGAAGUCUAAGCAUGCGCCCACGAAGCCGCCAGCACCGCCGAAGGAAGAGGUGGAGAAGGAUGCUGUCAAGAAUGUAUAA